AAUGUAUAUAUUUACUUAUGUCUCCCAUGCAUGAAAAUUUGUUUAUAAGAUGGGCUCAACAAUGGUGAAACCGUUGGUAAAAAAUGGAAAUUUGUUGGAUGUACUGCCUACUCAGGGUACUCUACAUGUAGUUAUGUUAGGAUUGGAUUCUGCGGGUAAAUCAACAGCACUAUACAGACUUAAAUUUGAUCAGUAUUUGAACACAGUCCCAACUAUUGGAUUUAAUUGCGAGAAGGUACAAGGAACUAUUGGAAAAGCAAAAGGUGUGCAUUUUCUAGUUUGGGAUGUGGGAGGACAAGAAAAAUUAAGACCACUUUGGCGAAGUUAUACUCGUUGCACAGAUGGCAUUUUGUUCGUCAUCGAUUCCGUUGAUGUAGAACGUAUGGAAGAGGCAAAAAUGGAAUUAAUGCGUACAGCAAAAUGUCCGGAUAAUCAGGGUGUUCCGGUACUGAUAUUAGCUAAUAAGCAAGAUUUGCCAAACGCUUGUGGGGCAAAAGAGCUCGAAAGACUUUUAGGACUAAAUGAACUUUCUACUACAGUUCCAAAAAAAACGAUGACGAGUUCCAGCUCUUCAUCCAGCAAUUUAAUCGGAUGCAGCGUCUCAAACCAAAGAAAUAUUCAGACUCCUUUAUCAACAGAAAAAAAUCUUCAAUUUUCAACACCAAUGGUUAAUAUAGCGCCGGUUCUUGCUCAAAAUAUCGAAGGAAACUCAUCGAUAAACGAAGUCUCUUGUACACCUAUUAUCUAUUCCGACUCAACUAGAUUGGAUCCAUAUAUUCAAAAUGACUCAAACAAGAGAUUUUGUAACCAAAAAUAUACCGCUGCUUUUGAUAACUUCCAAUCGAAGGGUUGGUAUAUACAACCAACCUGUGCUAUAACUGGUGAAGGCUUACAAGAAGGUUUGGACGCUUUAUAUGAUAUGAUACUCAAACGUCGAAAAAUAACAAAAUCUUAUAAAAAAAAAAGAUUCGGCAGCCUCUUCCGACAACUUUCCUAUCGAAACGAGGGCAUAGCUGAUAAUUUCAGAACCGUGGACUAGAACUUUGUGAAUGGAUGGUGGAAGGUAAUUUAGGCAAUGGAUAAAAUUUAGAAAGAACUUGUGCGUUGUCAAGUGCAAAGUAUUGAUUUUAUAGCCAGAUGCCCUAAUUAAAACACCUAAUAAAAACAUUUUUAUCCAAUCCUGUAA